CCACAUUUGGAUGGGUCACGUGCCAGUACAGCAUGUGAUUUGCUGAUGCCGACGUCACUCGACAACACCUCCGCUUUCCGCUCCUGCUUCACUCGCUCGGUAUUACAUCUCGAAACAUUACCACGCUAGCUGCUAUACUUACAAUCCCCCUUCACGCAGCAUGACACAAUCGCCCUCACCCUCGUCUACGCAAUUUCUCGACCCGGCUCAACCCAACCCAUGCCACCUCUUCUCGAUCCGGCAAUACGAGUGCGCGCACCACGCCGGCACCGUCGACUGUUGGCCCUUCGAGCGCAUUUUUAGGCAAUGUGGCAAUGGCCCGUCGUUGGAAGUAACAAAUCGCAUCGUCAGCGAUAAGGGCGCCCACCCCGUCGUCGACCCCAAGUUCAUUGUCCACCCACCCAAAGGCAAGAAAUGGGGCGACGUCUAGUCGUAGGCCACCGGGAACACUCCGAAACACCAUGUCACGCCUCGUGCUAUUAGACAAGCAGCCGAGGACGCCGCCGGCUCUCCACUUUGCGAGGACACCGAGGCUCCCCCGAGAUGCAUAAGUCACGCGUGCGUGGAUUCACACGGCCCCACGCUUGCGAU